UGAAUGAUUGACAUAAUUGACAGUUUUUUGUUUGAUUUCGUCAUUUAUGAGUUUUAGCGUCGCAAACAUGUAUCAAAAUAAAGAAAAAAUUCGGCAAAAUUUACAGAACCACUAAAAAAAUGUAUCUAAAGGCGCCAUUUAAAUUUUUGCAUUAUAUGGACUCGAUACAUUUUCCAUUUCAUUGUGCAACGAUUGUUUCAACUUUUUCGUUCCGGUGUAAAGAAUUUCGCCGCACCAACCCCAUAACCUCAUAAGUGAAAGGACAUAUAAGCAUUUUUGGAUUAUCUUGCUUACAUCCUUCAUAUUUUAUUCACAUAAUUCUACGUAUAUUUAAUCAUCCUAUGAAAAGAAAGAAAACCCAGGACAGAUCUAAAAAAUAGUCUAAUUGCAAUGCUUCUUUAAAGAUCGUUAAAACAUUCAAACAGGUCGUAGAAAUUGAGGAAGCCACAAGGGGACAUUCUAAAACAAAUUAUAUUAUUAUUAUUUUAUAAAAAUAGAUUAUUAAAAUGAAUAUUGGUCAAUGUCAAGACCAAAGCACAAGAGAGGAAAAGGUAUGCAAGUUUACAAAAGGAAGUCCAAUCAGCCAUCGAAAUAAUCCAUUUCGGAAAAGUGAUGUAGUUUUGUCACAUCGGCCUAUUAAAAAUCCGACAGUAAAAACUGAAAGAAACUUUUGCGAUGAAAAUGUAUUAACCCAACAUCUAAAAGUUCAGGAGAAUAAGACGAACAAUUUUAAAGAAACAAAAUCGUUUGAUUCUUCUCAAAUCGAUGAUUACGUAACCACAGAAGAAGUUCUCAACCAAUCUAAGUUUGUGAAAACGUACAUUAAAAAUCCCGACGCCUAUUUUACUUACGAUCCUUCAGUAUUGGCUCGGCUUAAGCUUGAAGAUUUUCAGAAAAUAUCUGAUAAGCGUCUAAAAUGGAAACCAAUUUACAAGCAACCCUCUGAAAAGGAUCAAACACAGAAAAAAAACUCUUACCAUAAAAAUAUGUUUACAUUAAAAAAUUCAACAAAAUGUGUACCUUUAAAUAACCCAGAUUUGGACAAUUUAAAAAUACAUAACGGCGCAGGGCCUAACUCCUCCAACAUUGCGCACUUAAAUCCUGCUGAGGUUAAAAAUAACGCACGUAGGUUUGACGAAAGAGUUAAAAAACUUCAGAUAAGAUCUGACGAUGACCUGGAUGAUUUUGAUAGCACUCUAAACGAGUCCUGCGAUGAGCUGGACAUUUAUCGUAAGUUUUAUAUGCAGAUUCAACCAAGAAGUAUACAAUUGUGUACAAACUCGUUACCAUUAUCAAUGCCCUACACUUUCUCAAAGAAAAUGAGUUCCUUUGAACUUAAAUGCUUCCGCGAACGAAAAAGUUUUUCACAUUGCCCUAAAGAAGACGACGUGACUUUGUCCACGAUAGCUUCAUCUAAUCAACCUUAUAAAGAUAAAAGCGUGAACAAACAGUCAUCGGAAAAAAAAUUUUAUGCGCCGCUAAAAAAACAACUCUCUCAAAAACUUAUUCCUUUUAGGCUAAACAAUACGUCAAGCGCACCCGUUUUGAACCCCUGUUUCUUUGGAAGCUGUGCGAAGAACCGUGAAAUUGAAAAAUCCUGCAUAUCGCCUAAAAUGGGGACUAUUGUGUAUAAUCAACAAAAGAAAUCGCAAAUUUGCAUGGAACGCAAAAAUAAUACAUUACUGCAAUUUGUACCUGUGGAACAUGGCUUGGCAAUUAACGAUACUUUUUUAGACGGCCGGGAUCGAUGGGACCUCUGUUGAUGCAGACGGAUUUAUAUGUGCCUAACUUCAGUAAACUUAACGAAUUUUCAUCCGCCUCAUCUCUCAUGCAAGACAAUCACCAAUGGCAACAACUGAGGGCUAUUAAAGAGGUAACUGAUCGUCAACUUUAUAAUAAGGUAUUGGACCAACAUCAGCAAUACUGCUCAAAGGUGCUAGCUCCUCCUAGUGCUAGUAUGAAGACGAAAAUUCAUCAGCAUUUGCGUACGCAUCAGCUGAUCUAUCGGAAAAAACAGAACAGUUAUCGCAUAUCCCUUUCUGGCAAUGGUGUCCGCACCCAACAUCUUGACAACAUUAAUCCAAGUAAAAUUAAUAGCGAUUGGCUUUCUCCAAUGAAUGAACGUGGCACAAAAAUUACCUCUUUGAUAGGUAAAGCAUUUACUAGAGAUGAAAUUCUUCAAAAAGUUAAAGAGUUCUGUUUUAAGAGCAUCAAGCGAACCCAUAUUUCAGAGAUCAAAAUACAGAAUCUUCCGAAAAAAAUGCAGCAAACGAUCCAUAUUCUCUAAAAGAAUCUUAAUUUAAAGUAAUUGCUAGUUUUAAUAGUGGAAAUAAUUAUUUUUAUUAUUACUUAUAAUUAACUUAUUCAUCAGGUAGUGACGUCGAUUAUUUACAUGGAAUGACGUUAAUAAUUAUUAAUUUUACAGAAACAAAUUAAACAAGGGUUUUUUUGUGACGGAGGAUAUUGUUGUUUAACAUAUGAAUUUUGAUUUAUUGGUUGCGAAUGAUUCUGUGGCGAGUUAUGCCUGACACCGCAAAUAAACUAUAUUCGAGGCGCCUUCGAAGAUUCUCUGUAACUCUCUUAACAAAUUUUCUGUAUUUGUGCUGACAAUACUAAAACAAUCCAUAAAGAAAAGUUUUAAAUAAAAUGAAUAUAUUCAUAUCAUA